AUGGGGACAACUGGGAGAUCUGGCCCCGGCUUUAUAGCCGACGAGCAGCGGCUGAACGUCAUCCUCAGCCGUCAGAAGAGUGGGUUGCUGGUUGUUGGUGACAUUGACGACGCCGGGUCCUUGGGCAAGGACAAGAAGAAGAAGGGCAAGGGCACGCAGAUGGUGACAUUCGGCGCCAAUGGAGAAGCCAUAUAUGUCGGUAGCGAUACCCUCAGGAACAUGUACAAGGCGUUGAUGGAGUGUCAACUCACCACCACUUCUGAGGAGCUCAAGCAGAAAGCCAAGAAGCUAGAGAUCAAGUUAAAAAGCGAUGUGGUAACUGCCGCGGCCAACGAGUGUCUACAAGGACAGAUCCAGCUCCUCAACAGCCCGGUCAACAUAGCAUGGGACGCCCUUCCUCCAACCUUUUAA